AUUUUUAUAAAUUGAAAUAGUCCGGUAACGUCUCGUUGUACCUCGUGGUUGAUAAACACAAAUUUUUGUUAAUUUAAAAUUGAACUCGCAGUAAUUCUGUUUUAUUAUAAUAAUUAAACAAGGACAUGUCGUUUAAUCGUGGAGGACGUGGCGGUGGCGGUCGUGGUGGAGGCUUUCGUGGGGGUCGCGGAGGUGGUGGAAAUCGUUUUGGCGGACGAGGUUUCGAUCAAGGACCGCCAGCUCAUGUUAUUCCACUAGGUUCUUACAGUUAUGCAUGUGAAGAUGAUCUUGUUUGUAAAGUGGAAAUUGAAGAUGUGCCUUAUUUCAAUGCACCAAUAUACUUGGAAAAUAAAGAGCAAAUUGGCAAAAUUGAUGAAAUAUUCGGCACCAUACGGGAUUACUCAGUAACAGUAAAGUUGUCUGAGAAUAUGAACGCAAAAAGUUUCAAAAAUCAACAAAAACUGUUCAUUGAUCCCGCUAAGUUGUUACCCAUCGCAAGAUUUUUGCCUAAACCACCACAAAAGAAAGGUGGUAAGAAGAAAGGUCCUAAUGGUGGUGUAGGUGGCGGUCGCGGUGGUGGAUUCGGAGGCGGAUUCGGUCGAGGUGGAGGUGGUAGAGGAGGAAACAGCCGGGGAGGAGGUGGUGGUCGUGGUGGUUUUAACAGAGGCCGGGGUGGUGGCGGCGGCGGCGGUGGAUUUAAAAGAGGUGGUGGUGGCAGAGGUGGAGGUGGCACACGUGGCCGCUGGUAGUGCUAUUAUUUUAACUGCAUUAAUUAUUCACAAAAUGUAUUAUAUGUACAUUUUAGGCUAUAAAACUACUGAAAUAGAUUUAAUACAGAUAUAUUUUUUAAA